AUGCAGGAAGCGAUGGAUACCGAUGAACAAUCUCCGUUGGAGAGUACUCCGGCGUCGAGGCCCAAGUCUCGCUCCGAUCACUUGAUGAAGCGCGUGUCCAGGGCAUGCUUGCAUUGUCGGCAACGGAAAUCCAAAUGCGAUCUAGACAGUAGUGGCAGUCCGGGAGUACCGCCGUGUCAGCGGUGUAUCCGAGAUGGGCGAGAAUGCGUCUUGGGCAGCUCGAACCGUGGGGGCCGUCGCAUUCGCAAAAACAAAUUAAAAAACUUUACGCCGGACACCAGCCUUGCCGCUCGAAGAGAUUCGAUCCUAGAAACGACCAGUCCCACCAAUUCCGACAACCGCCAGAGCACGAAUGGUUCCUAUCCCGGCCCGGUUGUCUUUGUGCCUCCCAACCCCCCAACGACGACUUCAGCAUCGGUGGACGAUGAAGAUACGGCCUCUAUCGGCUCCGUGCCACGGAAUCCAUCAGAUGCGUGGCAGUGCUUGACUGGCAUUGCUAAAAGGGGUGUAGACGAUGCUAGCCCCGAGGCGGUCGCUGAUCCUCUGCGCCCCGGCCCCAGUGGGUUCACUUCGUAUAACGUUCUUCAGAAUAGCGGCGUUGCCGAUUUCCAACCAACCGGCGGCAUUCGAGCCUACAGACUAGUGCAGUCGCGAUCCUUGGACCCAGGAACUGUAUGGCAGCUGGUGGCUCGCUAUGCCGAGAACUUUCACCCCUACCUCCCCUUGGUCCCACGGAAAUAUUUUCACCGCAGCGCUUUGGAUGCGUUUGCCAAGAAUGAAAAACAUUUGCUUACUGCGGUGCUGACGAUCGCAUCGAAGGAUCUGGUCGAACGCCCCGAAAUCCAUGAAUACUGCUCCAAAUACAUGCACGAAUUGAUAUCGGGGAUCGCUGCCGGGACCGACUGCGACGUGGAGGCCGUAGAGGCUCUGCUUAUACUUGCGGAGUGGGAGCCUCAGGGCCUUCGGCCUCGUAUUGAGCGCGUGGGUCGGGGAGAAGAAGACCGAGCGGCCUGGAUGCAUGUCGGCCUUGCAUUACGGUCGGGCUACUUCCUCGGACUGGAUCGGACGUCAUUUCGCGGAGAUUCGGGCGACACCGAGGCGGAGGCCCGUCGACGGCUGGCGUGGACGAGCUGCUACAUCUCCGAUCGACUGAUCUCUGUUCGCAUUGGACGUGCGUUUUGGUCGCGAGGGCCGGGGCCGAUGACCGGCCUCGUUAGUCAAGACUUCCCUUCGUUGCAGCCGAUGAAAGAUGGGGACGAGGACUACGCCCGGAUAUUCCAGGCAACUCUGGACUUGACUCAGCUCUACGGAAACGUCCAUGACUUGCUUUACUCUGGAAUGCGGACCAGUAAUCAGAUGAUGCUCAUGGGAGAUUAUGUGAAGUACGUGGACGACUUCCGACUCGCGAUUCUGCGGUGGAAGUCUCUUUGGGGCACAUUGUCCUGCUCUACGCCGAUGCAAGUCACAUUGCAAUUAUCAUAUGAAUAUCUGAGGCUAUAUACCAACGCCUUUGCGUUUCAAGCAGCAAUCUCCCAGUCAUUAGUAUCGAAGACCAAGAAUGACGAUCAGUCACAAAGAGAACAUCUGCGAUCAACAUUCAACAAUGUAGCCUCCAUGCAGGAUGCCAGGUUUAUCUACGAGUCUGUGGAUGCUGCAAAAGCAUACUUGACCAUCCUCGUUGACAUGGUCCACCCGGAGAAACACCUGCACUUCAUGCCUCUGCGGUUCUACCUGUACGGCAUUUAUGCAGCCGUCUUCUUAUACAAGGCGCGCUCAUUCGGCGUCAUGCCGCAUUCCGAAGAAUUGAAUGUUCGGGAUCUCGUUACUCGAACCACCGACGUUCUAAAACGAGCGAGUGCCGGCCCGGACGAUAUCGGUUCGCGGUACUCCCGGCUUCUUGAGCUUCUUUGGCAGUCCAAGUCAACAUCGAUCUCAUCGCCUGCAGGGACACACCAGAGCAGCGAUCUCCGGAUGCAGAGCAGUUCUCUUCAGCAUCGCAUGGCCGAGCAGGCCAACUACGUACACUUUAGUCCCGCGAAUGACUUCUCCUGGCUCGAUCUAGAAGCCGUUGGAGAUUAUGUCUCGGGCGACCAAAUAUCUGGCAACACACUGGCAUUCGAUGCAUUCCAAAAUCCUGAUCCAUUUCAAGAUCGGUCGCAAACAUGGCAAGUCCCGUGGCCAAUCCGGAACUCCUUUUCAGCCAUGGCGCAGCUCAAUGAGAUUUGCGGCCGUUUGGCCUUGAUCACCGGUGCCUCAGGCGGAAUCGGGGCUGCCUGUGCGCGCCAGCUGGCCGAGAGAGGGGUGCAUCUCGCCCUAACGUACUCCUCCAAUCUAACUGCCAUCACCGGUCUCGUGGACGAGCUCCGUUCCAAACAUGCCGGCGCCUACGCCCUCCGUAUCUCCAUCCACCAGGUCGACGUCGCCUCGGCCGACCAGAUCCAGGACAUGUUCCUGCAGAUCGACAAGGAGCAUGGCCAGCGACCGGACAUCUUGAUCUCCAACGCCGGUCAUGGCAAGCGCAUCCCGCAGGUGUGGGAUAUUCCUCUCGAGGAAUUCGAUUAUACCAUCAAUGUCAACCUUCGGGCCUCGUUCAUCCUCGUCAAGGGGGUCGUCGAGCACAUGAAAGACCAGCGCUGGGGUCGCAUCAUCUUCAUGUCCUCGAUUGCGGCACAGGGGGGUGGAAUCAACGGAUGCCACUACGCCGCUUCGAAAGGCGGCAUGACCGGGAUGAUGAAGAACCUCUCCACCCGCCUCGCCGAACACAACAUCAGCGUUAACGACGUCGCACCCGCCAUGGUUGGCGACACGGGCAUGAUUCCCAGCGCGCAGGCCAUUCCGGAGGUUGCGGCGGGCAUUCCACUCGGUCGGCUCGGGGUUCCCGAAGAGGUUGCCAAUGUGGUGACCAUGCUGGUGACGACGGGGUAUAUGACGGGACAAAGUUUGUUGUUGGGGGGCGGGUUGAAGUAG